AUGAAUGAACGUCAUACAUUUGACAGCGUACAUCCACAAUCAACAUCUCAUCUCAUAAUGAAACGUUCCAUUCCAGUAGUACCAGUUCUGAUAGGUCCUCAAAUACCUCGCCACGAACGAGAAGAAACACAUGAACGUUAUUGUCGCGCAUUGUUAACAUUAUUCGUUCCAUGGCGAUCAGUUCAGGACCUUUGUGCACUGAAUGAGACAUGGUCAGAAGCAUUGGAAGCUCGAAGAUUAUUGAUCUCUUCCAACUUGCUUAAGAUUAUAGAAAAUAUAGAACUUUUGCACGAAUGCAAACACGAUCGAGAUGAGCACCUUCAUCAAGUUCUUUUAGAAGCCCAAAAUGAAAACAACAUUGACCCUAUUCUGAUGCCUAACUACUAUGAAGGUGAUGAAAAUGCAGACGAAGAUGAUCCGGAACAACUUUUGCAAAUGCUCUCCAUCGUAAAUGAGACCA